UCUUUUUCUUCUCUCGAGUCACUUUUACAUGAUAUCUCAAUCCAAACACACACUCACACUGAGACACACCACCCUGCCAACAUAACCAAACUUCAAGUUCCCUUUUAUCUUCACUCUAUUAGAGCAAUUUCCUUCAUGUCUGAACAAAAGAGUGCUUAAAAAAGAGGGGGGUGUUUGGCAAUUGGGUUCAGGAAAGGCUCAAAAUUUAUGUGUUUUAUUUUCUGGCCAUGUUGUUUGCUGGUGGCAAGAGACUCCUCUAUCUCUAUGUGGUGGUUCUUCUGGUAACCCCGGUGUUGCAUAUGUGCCACACGUGCAAGGUUGGGGCGAUUCGUGUAUUCCCAGGAAAUGCAGUGGGCAACGUGGAAUUCAGCCACGGCAAUAUGGAUAACAAGAGCAAGGAGGAUCUGUACCAUAAGUACUUCAGUGGAAGGACUCUUGGUCCCAGCAACACAACCCAAAAGGGGUUCGACGAAAGCAAAAGACGAGUACCAAGUUGCCCAGAUCCUCUUCACAACUAAUUAACAAGUAGAAUUCCCAUCCAAUUUCUCAUCUUUAAUUUGUUUAUCUGUUUUCUACGCCUUUUUCGUUUCUCAAGUAUUAAAUUUAUUUUGGUCGAUAUAUAUGUUCAUUCAAAAUACCCACGUUUUUCUCAUCAUUUUCUAUAUAGUAAUAUGUCUUCUUAUUGUAGAAAAUGAGGGAAAACCGGUGGUAUUUUGGUAUUAUACUUGGAAGAUUUUUUUUCCCUUUCUUUUCUCAUCCAUGGAGGAUCCCAAAAAUGAAUUAUCAUAGUCCUCAACAUUAUGCUUGUACAUAGAAGAUGUUGUUGAGAGUAAGUUUAUUGUUGGAUACUUUCUGUAAUGUGCUACUUGAAUCCUUUUCUUUUCUAUUUACCCUAUUUU